AUGCCUGGAGCCAUGAAAACCUUCUUCUUAAUGUUUGCUGCCAUGAUUCUUCUUGCUCAGAUUUUCUCAGCCCCAAGAAGCCUUCAAAGACAGAUACGCUGUCUGAAAAUGGAUGGUCGCUGUGAAAUCGAAUGCCUCUCCUUUGAAGAUAAGAUUGGGGGCUGCAGAGCUGAACUGACACCAUUUUGCUGCAGAAAAAAGAGUCAAUAA